UUCCCGGGCAGAUUUUGUGCGGAGCCUUCGCUUUGAGUGGCUCCUCUCUGUGGCUGUUUACUGAGCGACUGACGACCUGGAGCCAACCAGAGCUGUGACCAGCCUAGCUGGGCGGAGCCCAAGAUGAGCCGUCCCACCCUUGGCUCGCCCGGUGUGGGACCCAGAGGGGGAGGGGGGGAUGCGGUGGCCGCGCCCGUGUUUCUCCGUCGCCGUAGCUGCCUUCCUUCCUGCUACUAGAGCCGCCGCCGCCGCCAUGGCCCAACUCCGCGCUUCUUCUUCUUCUUCCUUCUCGUCGGCGGCCACAGCCUUUGACUACCUGGUGUUGGGGGGCGGCUCGGGCGGGCUGGCCAGCGCUCGGCGGGCGGCGGAGCUCGGAGCUCGGGUUGCUGUGGUCGAAAGAGGGCGGCUCGGGGGCACCUGCGUGAAUGUUGGAUGUGUUCCUAAAAAGGUGAUGUGGAACACCGCUGUCCAUUCAGAAUUCAUCCAUGAUCACGUGGAUUAUGGUUUUCAAGGAGCUGAUGUGAAGUUCAAUUGGCGAGUAAUUAAAGAAAAACGUGAUGCUUAUGUGAAGCGACUGAAUGAAAUCUAUCAAAAUAAUUUGAAUAAGGCCCGUGUAGAAACUAUUCUUGGUCAUGCAUCGUUCACACCCGAUUGCAAAUCUACGAUUGAAGUUGAUGGUAAAAAAUACACAGCACCCCAUAUCUUGAUUGCUACUGGUGGGCAGCCUUUGAUUCCCAGCGAAACUGAGGUAGCGGGAGCCAGCUUGGGAAUGACAAGUGAUGGGUUUUUCGAACUUGAAGAAUUGCCCAAGCGCAGUGUUGUUGUUGGUGCUGGAUACAUAGCUGUGGAGCUAGCUGGCAUCCUUUCAGCCUUGGGCUCGAAGACAUCCUUGCUGAUACGUUAUGAUGAGGUGCUGAGAAAUUUUGAUUCAAUGAUCAGCUCAAACUGCACUCAGGAACUAGAGCAUGGCGACGUAGAAGUCUGGAAACAUUCUCAGGUCAAAUCGGUCACAAGAUCACCUUCGGGACUGCUGACUGUAACUGUAACAUCCUCUCUUCCUAGUCAGAAACCCACUUUUAACACUAUUGAGGAUGUUGAUUGUCUCUUGUGGGCCAUUGGCAGAAAGCCAAAUACAGAGGAGCUAAAUCUUGACCAACAGGAUAUUAAGGUCGACUCUGGAGGUCACAUUAUUGUUGAUGAGUUCCAAAAUACCAGCAGGAAGGGGAUCUAUGCUCUGGGAGAUGUAUGUGGAAAAGCACUACUUACCCCAGUUGCAAUAGCAGCUGGAAGAAAACUGGCACACAGGCUUUUUGAAAGUAAAGAAGAUUCGAAACUUGACUACACUAAUAUUCCUACUGUGGUCUUCAGUCACCCACCUAUUGGAACGGUGGGACUAACAGAAGCGGAAGCUAUAGCUACAUAUGGAAGUGAGAAUGUGAAAACCUAUACAACUUCUUUUAUCCCACUGUACCAUGCUGUAACUAAAAGGAAAACAAAAUGUGUGAUGAAACUGGUGUGUGCUACGAAACAGGAGAAGGUGAUAGGACUUCAUAUGCAAGGGUUGGGAUGUGAUGAAAUGCUUCAAGGCUUUGCAGUGGCUGUCAAAAUGGGAGCAACAAAGGCAGACUUUGAUCAGACUGUGGCCAUUCACCCAACAUCAGCAGAAGAGCUUGUUACACUUCGCUGAAAAUUUUUGUAAGAAAGCAAAGGUCUGAUUUUCACAGAAUCAUGUUCAUCCCUUUAACUCAAGACAAGAUUAAACAAUUUUUUACUGCUACUGAA